AUUCUGUUUCAGUUGCAAUCUCCUCUCGUCUUCAGAAUCCCCAAAUCCUCGUCUCUCUUCUCUUCCAAUGGCGUCAGUUUCAUCAACCUCUUCCCUAUCUCUCGUCUCCUCGAGAUCGGCAUGCACCGAUCCUUCUCUCCCUCUCUUCCCCUCGACGACGCGUGUAUCGUUCCCAACGAUGAAACCUUCGACGCGUGGCAAUGAAAUGGGCAAGAGAACGGAGAGAAUCGUCAGAUGCGUCAACGGGAACGUCUCUGACGCUUCCUCCGCAACUCCAAAUUCGAAGGUGAGGAAGCACACGAUUUCAGUGUUCGUUGGAGAUGAAAGCGGGAUGAUUAAUAGGAUUGCAGGAGUCUUUGCGAGGAGAGGAUACAAUAUCCAGAGUCUUGCUGUUGGUUUGAACAGAGACAAGGCUCUGUUCACCAUUGUUGUCUCUGGUACUGAGAGGGUGCUUCAGCAGGUCAUCGAGCAGCUCCAGAAGCUCGUUAAUGUUCUCAAGGUUGAAGAUAUCUCGAGUGAGCCGCAAGUGGAGCGAGAGCUGAUGCUUGUGAAAGUGAAUGCGCAUCCGGAAUCCAGGGCAGAGAUCAUGUGGCUAGUUAACACAUUCAGAGCAAGAGUUGUGGAUAUUUCGGAACAUGCAUUGACUAUUGAGGUAACUGGAGAUCCUGGGAAGAUGAUUGCUGUAGAAAGAAAUUUGAGAAAGUUUCAGAUCAGAGAGAUUGUCAGGACAGGAAAGAUAGCACUGAGAAGGGAAAAGAUGGGUGCUACUGCUCCAUUUUGGAGAUUUUCAGCAGCGUCCUAUCCAGAUCUCAAGGAGCAAGCACCUGUUAAUGUUCUUCGAGGUAGCAAAAAAGGAGAUGUGCUCCCUCCAAAUGAAAAACCAGCAGGGGGAGAUGUUUAUCCCGUUGAGCCAACUUCUGACCUGAUGGUACAUCAUGUUCUUGACGCUCACUGGGGACUUCUCACGGACGAAGAUACGAGUGGACUACGGUCACAUACUCUAUCUUUGCUGGUAAACGAUGUUCCAGGAGUACUUAAUCUUGUAACUGGUGUUUUCGCUCGAAGGGGAUACAAUAUUCAGAGCUUAGCUGUAGGACAUGCUGAAACAGAGGGAAUUUCACGCAUUACAACAGUUGUUCCUGCAACAGAUGAAUCAGUCAGCAAAUUGGUGCAGCAACUUUAUAAACUCGUAGAUGUGCAUGAGGUCCGUGAUCUUACUCAUUUGCCAUUUGCUGAGAGAGAACUGAUGCUGAUUAAGAUUGCUGUGAAUGCUGCUGCAAGAAGAGAUGUCCUGGACAUUGCUAGUGUUUUCAGGGCAAAAACUGUUGACGUAUCCGAUCAUACAAUUACUUUGCAGCUUACUGGUGAUCUUGACAAGAUGGUGGCACUGCAAAGGUUGUUGGAGCCUUACGGUAUAUGCGAGGUAGCAAGAACCGGGCGUGUGGCAUUGGCUCGUGAAUCUGGAGUGGACUCUAAUUAUCUUCGUGGAUACUCCUUCCCUUUAUCAAGUUAAUAAUCCAAUCGCAGAGUAGGAUACAAAGCUGUAUCCAUGGAACAGCAAAAAAGACUUCUGAAUAUAAAAGUUUCACUAGUUUUAUGAGACAACCCAAAGAUCAAGCCAGAGAGACUGUAGAUAUGUUUGGGGCUUUGUUUAUUUUAUAAUUAAGUAGAUUUUGGAUUUUAGUGACUUUCAUUUUCAGCUCCUCUAUUUUGAGAAAUACGUGUCAGUCUUCGCUCUCCCAAUAGGGGUAUGUGAUUCAUCUAUAAAAGACUAAAGAUCUAGAGCACAAAUGGACUGACUUUGUUAAAAUGUAGAGUCAAAGUCAAACUAAGUAGGCGGUGACUGAAC